GGGAUGUGGUUUGACAGGGAAGAUCAUCUGUUCUGCUGCUAGAUCCUUGCCUCUUGAUAAUGAGCCCCUAUGUGGCCAUGAGAUUCUUCAUACGACAUCAUUCUCUCUGCCUCAGCUGUUGCUGGCGAGCGGGGUUCAUAUACGUGGCCAAAUCCACCUAUAUGCAGAGGAAGUUAUGAUUCAAAUCGAGAUCCCAAGACCUGUAUUAAUCCACCAGCGAAAUGGCGUGGGAUUAACGAACACUGCUCCAAGAACAUAUCCACGCGUAUAUAAAUAUGUCGCUAGUCCUCAGCAAAACAGGGCAAAACUACCUUUUCGACCUUCGCUCCCUUAUUUAUGCAUCAUGUUUCUAUGUCUCACUACGAAAAUUCGCCACUUAUCUUUGCGAUUAUUAUCAAGCAAAUCAUCUGCAACUCAGUAUGAGAGCUCGCAGCCUGCAGCAGGAGGCCACUUGCAGAACAACGCGGACGAAGUAAAUGCUCCUCGAGAGCACAGCUUAACCCAUGUGCUCAACGACAAGGGCCAAGAUUACGACCACCACACAGGGGAGCCGCCACCUCCAUAUUCUUCAACGCCUCCGGAGCACUUGCCCCAAAACGACAAUAGUCCUGCAGAAACAGGCACUAGCUUCCAAGAGAUUCUAGUGUUAUCCCAAAAAGAGAAGGCCCAAUAUGUAUCACUGCACUGCGGAGACGAAACUCGGAGUGACAUUCUGCUGUAUCUAUCAGCCAAAUUAGGAUUUCAGGCGUUUGUUAGCAUGACGUUAUAUCUUCUCACAAGGGCUUCGGCGUAUGAGCUUGUUCCACGUCAUGCCGACUUUCGCUGGCGCGUUAAAAACUCAUUUCUCAAGCUUAAUCCAGAUGUUAUUAUAGCCCUUUCGGCCAUGGCUUGUGUGGUGUUGGGCACGCCGGGAGGGGAAUUUACAAACUCUAAUGUCUUGGCCUAUGUCGAUGUAUUCGAGACUAACUUAGGUGAUCUCUUUGAAUGGGAUUGCCAGCUAGAGGCGGUCACUAUCCGUAAAGCGUCUAGUUCAUUUCAGGUUAUACAGACAGCCUUGAGCAGUGGACCGAUGAGUAUGAUCUUACCGUACAGAGGAAAUCUGAAGAAAGACUUGGAUAUUGGAUUGGGCGCCGCCUGGGAUGUUAUAAAUGAGCUUUGGAUAUAGUUCUGGGCCCAUUUACAGUACGGGUAUUAUGUUGAUUCAUUCUGCUAUAUAGCGCAAUCAAUAUUUCCC